AUGUUUACGAUAUUUUAUUAUAUUGAAGGCGCUAAGGUCCCUGUCUCGGAUCUCACACACGCCAGUCCUCAUAUUUCUAGGGUUCAAGUCAUUAAAUCAGCAUCUGGGGAGGAUGAAAGAGUGGUGGAGGUUAUUGGCACCUGGCGUGGUGUGCUUAAAGGUGACCAUAUCAUUAGUGGCGGCGUGAAUACCACUACGACGGAUAUUUCUGAAUCAACCGGGCAAGCUGGCAUAGUUGGCGACUAUACAGACAUAAGUUCGAUCAGCAGCACAACAACGAAAAUCAUCAAUAUUUACGAUGAAACGUCGGUGGACAGUGGUACCCAAAUCCAAACUGAAACUGUACCAUUGGGCGAUGUGCUGGAAAAACUGGAGUUUGAGCUGAGAAAAAAUAGCAGCCAAAGUAUUGAACAGCAGCAAGCGCAAAAUGACUACAUUAACGGCACUGCGCAUCCACCGUUGAGUGUUUGUGUCAAGUUGCUAAAUUCAGUUAGCCAGACUAGUGCAGCUACAGACAAGAAAAGCGGGCUGUUUAGAGAAAUACUGCGCCUCUUGACUGAAGUGCUUCAUCCGGACCCCGAUGACGAUGGCGGACACAAUGCUGAAAGCGAAGCUGCGGAUUUGCUAAAUCAACUAAACGCCAUGACUACGCUCAGUCCGGAAGUCACUACUGCGGCGAGCAUUGCUGAAACGGUUACUGAAGCUGUCACCGCACAAUCCGACCUCGCUAACGCCGAUCCUCAAGUGAAAGUUUGUCUCAAUAUACUAUUGGAGGAAAUACUAGCUAUCCUGGCAAUGUACCACAAUAAUAACAAUAGCGAACAAUUCACUUCAACGCCCACUAUGCCAGUUGUGACUGAAAGUCCAUUCCAAUCGUCAGCUUCGAGUUCAAUCGUGACAUCUCUUGCAACUUUGCAAGCCACCACUUUUGAACAAACCUCCCCUCCUCCUUCCCCGGCUACUUUGCUACCAACAACUUUAACACAAACCCAGUCCCCGACCGCAUCCUCAACCACUGCACAACCAGAUACCGCUCCAACAACUUAUUCUACUUCAGCACCCUCUCAAUCAACAACACCGGCAUCACCUCAACCACCUACUUCAUCUUACACUUUCCCAGCACCACCACCGUUGUCACAGAUCUCAUCUUCUACACCACAGUCGACUAAUUCAGAACCGACUCCGCCUACGGCAAUUUUACAACCAACUACUUUAGCACCAUCUACAUCAGAAGAAAGUCUUCCUUCAACUACGCCAGCACCAUGCCAGGAAACGACUCUUGCCACAAUAGUGCCAACUACUGUAGAUGCAACAAACCCCUCUACAAAUGCUCCAACAUUAGCAUCAACUUUGCAGCCAACAACACCGGAAUCAGCUGGACCUCCUUUUUCUCAAUCCUCCUUGCCGUCAACCCAGUUCUCGUCACCUGUAUCACAGCCAACAACACUUGGAUCAACGCAACCCCCUACACAGCCCUCGACAUCACUUCCAACUUCGCCACCUAACUCACAAACAACCACUUCACAAGAAACCCUUCCUCCUGCCCUCCCAUCCACUGCACCAUCCACAGUAGAGCCUACCCAACCUCUAAUUUCCCCAUCUACUUCGACGCCACUUCCAACUUCAACGUCCAUCCCGGAAACUAGUUUAGCAGAACUAGUCACCUCUCCUACACUUCCUCCAACUGAGCCCUGUACUUCACAAACAACUGAAUUAGAAUCAAACGAGCCCUCGACUUCGGUUCCAACUUCAGAAACAAGUCCUUCAGAAUCCAUGACGUCCACUAACCUUCCGCCGUUUACGAUGGAAAUAAGCACAUCAGAAUCA